UGAAUACAGGCCGGUUGCGUCAGAAGAUCUCGGUUUGAGAAAUUUGAGAAGUUUUUGCCUCAAAAUAAACAAAAACAUGGCUCACACCGUUGAUAAGGGUGAAAUAAUGGACCAAGUGAAACAACAAAUUGCGGUUGCAAAUGCGCAAGAGUUGCUCACACAAAUGACCACAAAAUGCUUCAAGAAAUGCAUUAACAAGCCAGGAACAUCGCUUGACGCAUCUGAGCAGAAAUGCGUGUCAUUGUGUAUGGACCGUUUCAUGGACUCGUGGAACCUUAUUUCGCGAACCUACGGGCAGAGGUUACAACGUGAACAAUCAAAAAUGUGAGCAGCAUGUACAGUUAAUGAGGACUACGACUGCGCAUUCAACUAAUCGUUGUUAUUAGUUUGUUCAACUUAGUUUUACUUGUUGUAUAAAAAGAGAACCAUAAAAACUAAA